GCUGAUAGUAUCAUAACAAAAUAGUAAUUAUAGUGAUUACGUAUUUUUUGUUUCGCUUACAUUUCCCUCGAUACUUUUAAAACCUCGAAAGUUCAGUGUUGAAUUAUAUUGCAUGUGCAUAAUCAUGAUUAUCAAGCACAAGUUAGGCCUCCUACUGGCCAUUUUCUUCGUUUCGCUGCUUUGGUUGUGCGCAUUAGUAUAUUUUUCCCCGCUGCCCGCCGAAACAAUAUCCCGAUUUCCCUCCACCUUAGAUGAGAUUCGAGCCACAGCGAACACGUUGCAAGAGUUCCGGGACGAUCACUUUGGGUAUGUGAUCCUUCUCUUCGCGUCGGCGUACCUUUUCAAGCAAAGCUUUGCCAUUCCCGGCUCCGUCCUCAUGAACGUCUUGGGUGGAGCCGUGCUCGGAUUAUCAAGAGGAUUUGCUCUUUGCUCCCUCUUGACUGCCAUAGGAGCCUCAAUUUGCUAUUGCCUGGCCAGGAUCGGAGGUCCAGCUGUGGCUCAAGAAUAUUUUCCCAUGAGAUUUUCCAAUUUCAAGCAACGAUUGGCUCAAGAGAAGCAUAACUUGGCGUAUUACCUACUUUUUCUGAGAUUGUUUCCGGUGUCGCCCAAUUGGGCUAUUAAUAUGGCUUGUGGGGCCUUGGCGAUCCCCUUGCCGAUAUUUUUCGUUACGGCUCUGGUGGGGUUGAUGCCCUACAAUUAUAUUUGUGUCCAUGCGGGUGCCAUUAUCACGGAGAUCGAGUCCAUGAAUGACGUGUAUAAAACAUCCACACUAAUUCAGCUGACGGCCGUGUCCGUGGUGGCGCUGCUACCCAUCAUGCUUAGGAGGCGAUUCAUGGCCAAGCGAUAGUUUUAUUCCUCUGCAUUAGCCACACACACCCCUCCCCCCCUGUGCAUCUUUCUCAUUGUGAUAAAAAAGGUCUGUUGUUUUGAUUAUAAACGAAGCUGUUCAUUAUUUAUUUCUCAGUUAAAAUAAUAACAACGCGAACAGCCCAAA